GCAGCUGCGGCUCGUUGCGCUCCGCUCCGCCCGGUUCUUAACGGCGGAGCCGAACCCCCCUCCCGGGACACCGCAUGUGAGCCGGGAGGGCAGCUCCGCACCGCGCACCGGCACCGCACGGCACCCGCUCCCCGCUCGGAGCUGCUGUUUCACUCGCCUUCCCACCACCACCCCCCUCGGCCCCCCACCAUGAGUAACCUCAAUAAGGACACCGAGCACACCAACGGCGGAGGAAACGUCGAGGAGGAGGUACGGACGCUGUUUGUCAGUGGCCUUCCUGUGGACAUCAAACCCAGAGAGCUCUACCUACUCUUCCGACCAUUCAAGGGUUAUGAAGGGUCACUGAUCAAGCUAACAUCGAAGCAGCCGGUUGGUUUUGUGACCUUUGACAGCCGAGCUGGUGCUGAAGCAGCAAAGAAUGCCUUAAAUGGCAUCCGCUUUGACCCAGAGAACCCUCAGACCUUGCGGUUAGAGUUUGCUAAAGCCAACACAAAGAUGGCCAAGAGCAAGCUGAUGGCCACACCAAACCCCACCAAUAUCCACCCUGCCCUGGGAGCACACUUCAUUGCACGGGACCCCUAUGACCUGACUGGAGCGGCUCUAAUCCCGGCAUCCCCAGAAGCAUGGGCUCCCUACCCACUGUACACCACGGAGCUCACCCCUGCCAUCCCCCAUGCCGCCUUCACGUACCCAGCGGCUGCUGCUGCGGCUGCUGCUCUUCACGCUCAGAUGCGCUGGUAUCCUCCUUCUGAAGCUACCCAGCAAGGAUGGAAGUCUCGUCAGUUUUGUUAGUUUGUUACAUCUCUCCUGGGCUCCUGUUCCUCCUCCCUGCCUCUCCAUGGAGGGACGUGCCAGGGAUGAUGGCUCCCACCUCUUGCUUUGGUUUGCGGCCAGCGGACGAAGCGCCCGGCCCCGGCGCGUCCCCCUCCGGACUGUGAAGCCGCCGCACGCCACCUCCAUCCCUCCGUCCCUCCAUCCGUCUGUCCAUGCUGAGCUUCACCACCGGGCUGCGCCGACACCCGGCGAGGGCUCGGUCCUGAGCUCGGCUGAAGGAAACGAAAGGCAAAUCGGGUUUUGCAUGUUUUCUGGCAUGAAUUAAAACACUUAACUUGUGUAUGUGUGAGUGUAAGUUUGUUUGUUCUAGCGUUUGUGUAACCGUUAGCAACAGGUCCUACGGACUGAUCCAUCGAGGUUUUCAUCUUGCGUCGGUGAAGACUUGGCUCUGAGAAACACGAACUGUCCUUGCCUCACCCCUUCCCCACCUCCGCCCUCCCCCUUCCCAGUACGACCAGAAGAAUUUGAAAAAUGUUUUUUUUUUUUUUUUUCCCUUUUUUUUUUUUUUUUUUUCCCCUUUCCUCCAAGUACGAUGCACUGGGUUUCUGUUCUCAUCCAUCCUCCGGUUUUAAAAUCAGGGUUAUUAUAUUAUUAUUUUUUUUUUUUUUUCAGACUUCUAUAUAUAGAAAGGCUGUAAGCUAUCUAACCUCUUUUAUUUUUCUUCCCCUUUUUUUCCACAUCCUUCUGAUUGGAGAGCAUCCAGUCCUGCCAAAUAAUCAGCCGUCCUUAUGGGAAUACCGAACAAAAAAAAAAAAGUACGAGUAUUUUUGUACCAUGUGUAAUAAGGAAAUAUUUAUGCAUCAUAAAGAAUUUCUUGUGUGUUUGUGUGCAAUUAAUUAUUAUUAUUAUUAUUAAAAGAGAAAUUGUAAUCCUGUAAGAUAAGUUAAUGUUUAGUUAAAAGCUUGAAAAGAGAAGGGUUGUCUUCUGUACUAAUGAUUCAGUUAGGCAUCGUAAAUGAGAAAUUGUGCAAUUUUUGUUUUAGCAUCUUAUUGCUUGGUAUUGAAGUGCUUUAAGUAUUAUAUGACCAUGGCUGUCUCGCUUGUAUUAAAAGAUUUGAGAAUAAGUUGCUCUAUACUUGCUGAUCCUAUGAGAAUGUGAAACUGGAUAAUAUAUGAAAUGCAACAAAAGAAAAAAAUAUAUAUACCCAGAGGCUGCUGUGA